AUAACAACCACAUUUGCGCAUGUGACUCAAAAAUUUUCAGAAGAUCAGACAAACAGACAAUUCCAAACUUUAUCUCAAUCAUGUCACGGAGGGCAAUUCAAGGAUUUGAAGCUUUACGGAACGAUAAUGGAAGUGGAUGGAAACAAGGAGCUAAAGGGAACGAGAAAAUGAUGGUGACCAACAACAACAUACCCGACUACCACAGAGCCAGGAAACCAACAUCAAGAGGAACCCAGACAGGCCCGACAGAAUCCUACACAUGGUCAUCAUCACCACAACGGAAGACCACCUCAGAUGCCCUUCAGACACUACGUUCUCGAAGCACGUCUCCCAAGGAGAUCGCAAUGGAUACCACCCCAUCCGUGCCAGGCUGUAUCUGCAACCGGGAGCAUACCAGCGUGGCCUGCUGUUCGUGUGGUCUGAUGCUAGCAGGAAGGGUCAGGAUUCAGUGCCCGUCUCAUCCCAACACCAUUCAUCUCAUGGACGUUGAGAGGUGUCCAGAAUGUUGCAGCACUACCCUCACCGAGCUGAGAACCACUUGAGAGGAGCCAUGGAAUACUCUGGACAGUCUGAGGAUGAGCCUUCACUGGACAAUGGAGGGUUUAACAAAGAUUUUAUUUAUCAUCUGAGUUACAUGUAGUACCUUACUAGUAUUUCUUUCUUAUGUUGCUUGAAUAACAUAGUUAAACACUCAUAAACUCCACCAUUUAGUUUUGGCAUCUUGAGAUUGUGAAAAGGCUACAGUAUGCAUCUAAAACCAAGGAGAUGCAUAAUUUGUUUUUGAAAAAAGAAGAAUUUGCACAAGAAAAGUUUUUGUUCCAUUUCUUUGACUGGUGUAUUAGCUCAUCAUAUUAUAAAGCUCACAAAGGAUUAUAUUAUGAGAUAUAAAUUCAGAUGAAGAGUAAAUUGAAAGUACAGGGUUCCCAGCCAAUGAGGGAAAUCAGGGAAUUCGAUUUAAAAAAAACCCUCAAAUCAGGGGAAAAUUCCUUAAAUUUAGGGAAAAAUCCCUUAAAUUAGAGAAAAAUCAAUGAACUCUGAUUGGCCCAAAAGUUGAAAGCACGGUAGUCAGUCAGACUUGUUAUAUUUUGUUGCAUAUCAAAGCAAAAUCCAUUGAAUGACUGGAUAUUGUGGGGUUUUAUACAUAUAUUUUACUGCAAAAAUUGGAAAGAUGCGAAACUGUGAAUGGGUUUAAAUAAUUAUCUGGGAAUUUUUAAACUUCAUC